GUUUGCUGCUUGCUGAUUGUAACCAGCGCUCGCACUCGCUCAUCUAUCUCGAUACAUAAUUUGUCGCUGCGAGCGAUACAUCCACGCUUGCAGCAGCGUCCCGUAUAGCGACAUCUCACCAUGCCCGUAGGCGAGAUCACCAAAUUGCCCAUCUUGGCAUUCAACGAUGUCUAUCGAGUCCAUCAGAAGUACAAUGCGCCUGCUGGCCACGAAGCUCGUGAUGCAGCGGGUAACGAUCCCGAAGCCAGAACCGGCCAACCACAACAACAACAAUAUAUCGGCGUAGGACAAUUUGCCAGGACGCUAUACGAUGUGCGAAAUAAGUGGCCUGAGAGGGAAAAGGAUGUCGGAAUGGGCGAUCGUGGCGACGAGAGGGACGGGCUGGUUCUCUUCGCCGGUGACGUAUUCAACCCGUCGGUCGAGUCCGCGAUCACAAGAGGGUCGCAUAUGGUGCCGAUUCUUAGGGAACUGAAACUAGAUGCUUCUUGUGUUGGCAAUCACGAUUUCGAUUUCGGUUACGCUCAUCUAACGACCCUGAUGAAGUCAUGCGGAUUCCCCUGGCUGCUCUCCAACAUCAUCGACGAGAAGACCGGCAAGAACCCCGAAGGCGUCCACCGAUGCGUCGUGAAGGAGCGGUGUGGUGUGCGAAUCGGCCUCAUCGGCUUGGUAGAACAGGAUUGGAUUGCUACGAUUCCUUCAUGGCCAGAGACUUUCAAGUAUAGAGAGAUGAAGGAUGUAGCUUUGGAGCUGUCCAAGGAGAUGCGAGAUCCGAACGGACCUUACAAGGUAGAUAUGAUAAUCGCUUUGACGCAUUGUCGGUUGCCAAACGAUAUCAGACUCGCCAACGAGCUAGCUGCGACUGUAGGCCAGGAAAAUAAGAACGAACAUGGAGUGGAUUGCCUUAUUGGCGGUCACGAUCACAUGUACUAUAUCGGUAAAGGAGCACAGGAAUGGGAAGGGUUCCGCGGAGAUCCCAAGAUUCGAGGCGUACAGGAAGACAAGGGAGUUUGUCUCAUAAAAAGCGGCACUGAUUUCCGAGAUUUGUCAGAGGCCGUCUUCGAGCUUGAGGACACCCCGGCUGGUAGCAUCAGAACCAAGGUCGUCAAGAGCUUGUCAGGGAAACACCACGAAAUCACGCCAGCUACACCCACAGCGCCCGAGAUCGACAAUCUCGUCAAAUCCUUGCUGUCCACAGUCUCGGAUACUUUAUCGAAACCGGUCUGUUUCAGCUUGACACCGUUCGACGUGAGGAGCGAGAAGGUACGGACGGAGGAGACGGCCAUCGGGAACUGGGUUGCGGAUAUCCUGAUGCACGCGUAUGCGGAGAGAUUGGAAGAGGCGGGCAAGGAGGAGAAUGGCGAUUCGUCGGCGAAAGGGAACGAGGCGGAUGCGGUCAUCAUUUGCGGAGGGACUUUCCGUGGAGACAGCUUGUAUCCGGCAGGUAAAAUUACGCUCGGAGAUAUCCUAGAAAUCUUGCCGUUCGACGAUCCCGUUGUUUGUCUGGAGCUCGAUGGUAAAGGUGUACACGAUGUAUUGGAAUGUGCCCUAAGCAAAUGGCCGGCACAAGAAGGGCGCUUCCCUGUAGUAUCGGGUUUGCGAGUUACCUGGGAUCACAUGAGGCCACCGAAUGACCGAAUCAUCAGCAUCCACCUGACUGAACCAAGUCUGCCCCUGGAAGACGAGGACGGCGAUGGCCAGAUCGACAAUCCUGAAGGGCUAGGUUUUAUCCAGACCGAUGACGGUACAAGGAUCGAGGUCAAGCAGAGCAAGCCGAAACAGGGAGAGGAGAUCAAGAAGGCCGAAGGAGGCAGGAUUUACAAGAUUAUCACCAGAAACUACAUGGCCGAGGGAUACGAUGGAUUCCAGGAUCUCAAGAACCGCAAGUUCAUCAUCGAUGAUGACAACGGUCAAAUCAUGUCGUCGGUAGUCCGAUCUUUCUUGCUCGGUUCCAGCUACAUUUUUAGGCACAAGCAGCUGCGGGACGAGCAUCACAAGCACAUGUCGGCGCACAGCGACGAGGUGCUUGACAGGCACAGAGCUCGGUUCGAGAAAUCCCACCAGGAUCUCAGUCAAUCGCCCGAGGGAUCUCCGGUCGUUGGCCAAAUGUCGAGUGCAUGGAGUAGCGGCUGUAUCUCGAACGGUGGGACGAACAGGCGGCAUGUCAUCGACCACGACGCUAGGGAUAUCAGAGAUGCCUUGCAUAUUGCGAGAAGGGAGCACAUGUCCGAGAUGGACGCGUUGGACGGUAAAUCGCUACGGAACUUGACCUGCACGAAUUGUGGGACGGAAGUCCCGCAUGACGCCCAGCCAGGCAAACAGCCCACAUCGCCCGUCUCGCCUCCCAUGAAAGCGUCAUUCCUCGUCGGUGAUCAUAACAGGGAAGAAGUCAGGACCAUGGAUGACGACAUUGCGAUCGUCUCGCCGUUGAUAGAUGGUCGACUGAGGGACAUCUCUGCGCACAAAGACGAAGAGUGAAUUCCAAUGCCAUGGAACACUGUGCUUAAUCGCAUCCCUCCUAUGGAGAUCAACACGCAUCAAAGGUGGUAUCGGCACCCACCUUGAAGUCCAAAUUAUUGACCUGACGAUUAUAAGACCUGUAACUUUGUGAAAGGUUCGGUUUUCGGCUUGCAUCGUGAUCCUGUACGCUAUAACCAUGCAUGUCGCAUGUCGAACCCUAGCUAACGGGAUUAAUGACGCGUGAAGCGGCGCGAUCGCGAGGACCGCUCCGGAACUCCUGCCUAUUAUUAUUGCCUAUGCA